AUGAAAUUUAACCAAGAAAUUGGUUUUUCAUAUGACCGAAAUAAAUGUGAAAUGAUUUCAAUUGAUGAUGAAAAUGCACCCAAGGAUGAGAUACUAUUUCAAUGUGAAAUAUGUGGGAAAUCUUUCUCAACAAAUUUGGCUUUAUCUGUACACAUUGAAAUACACAAAAAAAGGACACCAUUAAUGGAACACAUGAAAGUGGGGAUUGAGCAAGGAACUUCCAAGUGUGGAGAUUGUGGUAAAUCUUUGUCUGACUGUGGUUGCCAAUCUAAGAAUAAUGAAAUAUCCGGCCAGAUUUAUUGCUGUGAAGUGUGUGAAGAAUCGUUUGAAACUGAUUUACGCUUGAUUGAACACAGUCGCUCACAUGUUGGUAAAGGAUACCAUCACUGUUUAGACUGUGGAAAAUUCUUCUUAGCCAAAAAAUCAUUAAUGAAACACAUUCGUGUACACUUUGGUGAAGAACCUUACUGCUGUGAAAUUUGUGGUAAAACUUUUGCUCAGUAUGGUGCCUUAACUCAGCAUAAAGUGUUGCACAAUAGCGAGAAUGAAUAUCUGUGUAAAAUUUGUAGCAAAUCAUUCUCUGAAAGUUGUAAACUGUUGGAGCAUGCUUCAACAAUACUCAGUAUAUCUACUUUGAUUGAGAAAGCUCUUGUUGACUAUGUACUUAUUGAGGAAAUUGUUAAUAUAAUGUCAGAAAUCAAUCAUCCUUUGUUGAUGCAUAGGAUAAUGGCAGUGUCAUCACAUGGUGUUUGUACAUGA